AUCGUGCCUUAAACCAAGCACUUAAAGCACAACCCAUUAGGCUCCUUCUUCUUUUGCAUAUUCCUUUCUUGUUCUCUCAGUUCUCGCGAACCCAUUAGGCCAUUAGCCAUGGGCUCCUACCAUGCAGGCUCAUGCACUGCCACAAACAUUAAAAUCUCAUUUUCAUUAUUCUUGCUUCUUGUUGGAGUAGCUUCAGCACAAUUGUCCCCUACUUUCUAUUCAACAUCUUGCCCCAACGCCCUGUCCACCAUAAAAUCAGCUGUGGACUCAGCUGUGUCCAAAGAGGCUCGCAUGGGAGCUUCCUUGCUCCGUCUUCAUUUCCAUGAUUGCUUUGUUAAUGGAUGUGAUGCUUCGGUUCUGUUGGACGACACAGCCAGUUUGACAGGAGAGAAAACGGCAGGUCCCAAUGCUAAUUCUUUGAGGGGUUUUGAGGUCAUCGACACCAUUAAAACCCAAUUGGAGAGCCUUUGCCCCAAGGUGGUCUCUUGUGCUGACAUCUUGACCGUUGCCGCCAGAGACUCUAUUGUUGCAUUGGGUGGACCGACCUACACAGUGCCAUUGGGCAGAAGAGACGCAACCACCGCAAGCUUAAGUGCUGCCAAUUCCAACAUACCUGGUCCCCAAUUGAACCUGGCUGCCCUCAUUUCUGCUUUCUCAAACAAAGGCUUCACCGCCAGGGAAAUGGUGGCUCUCUCAGGAUCUCACACCAUUGGCCAAGCUAGGUGCACAACAUUUCGGAAUCGACUUUAUAACGAAGCCAACAUAAACGCGUCAUUUGCAACAUCCGUGAAAACACAGUGUCCAAGCAGUGGAGGCGACAACACACUUUCCCCACUUGAUGUCACAAGCCCAACCUCUUUCGACAACGCUUACUUCAGGAACCUGGUGAGCCAGAAGGGUUUGUUGCACUCAGACCAGCAGCUCUAUAGUGGUGGGUCCACCAACACCAUAGUCGAUGCUUACAUCAGCAAUACUGGGACUUUCAGGGCAGAUUUUGCCAAUGCUAUGAAGAAGAUGGGAAACCUUAGCCCUCUCACGGGCACCAAUGGUCAGAUUAGGACCAAUUGUAGAAAGGUCAACUAGGGCUUUUAAGAAAUACCCUAGUUUGUUAUUUUUCAAGUGUCCAUUUUGAUCUUAUUGGGUUAUUGGUUGCUUUUUCCGAGGUAUAAUAUGUAAGAAGUUGAAGUCCAUUAAUAAAAGUUUUUUUUUUUU